AUGGACGACUCGACCUCGAAUACUCCCCAACCGCAGCAGAAACGCCAGCGUGUUGCAGAAGAGAAUCGCAAACGAGCGGUCAGAGCAUGUGAUGGCUGUCGCAGAGUGAAAGAGAAGUGCGAAGGAGGUGUUCCGUGCCGUCGUUGUCUUCGCUAUCGUCGACAAUGUAAUUUCACUCAUAUCGAUCCGAAUGAAAAGAACCGAUCGUCGUCUGUUUCAUUACUCGAACGCGCAGCUUCUCAUAGUCGACAUGAGAUCGCAGAAGCAGAACGUGUGCGCUAUAUGGAACGCAUCUUAUCUUAUUAUGCCCCCGAUCUCACAUUCGAUAUUCAAUCGCUGCGUCAGGCCGCUGAGGAUCUUAAGACAAAACAUCGAGAUUCUGCAUCUGAUACGCGUUCCACAAGGGUAGACUCUAAUGAACUAGAGGACCUGGCUAUUGAUGAAGAGGAUUUCACAAUUAAGGCUUUGCCUGACAAUAGUACUCAGUACUCUGGUGAAUUUUCAUAUUUGAACUUCUCUAUGAAAAUUAGGAAGCAAAUUGACGAAUGGAUGAAAACUGCGGCUCCGGAAGCAUCCUCUGAGGUUGAACCGUUCGAGGAGCGUUGGCGAGCUACACAGCUUCAGUCGGGAUCAUCGCUCUCGUCUUCAAUUACCUGUCUUCCUCCCCGUUAUGUGGCAGAAUUCCUGGUUCAAAUAUUCUUCAAAUAUGCACAAACCAAUAACUUCUACGUUGAAGAGGAUUGGCUCUGCGAUAAACUAAAUAUUUGCUAUACCAAUCCAUCUAGCUUAUCAUCUGAUGAUGCUGGCGCUGUUUGUGCCAUUCUGAUGGUAUUGGCCGUUGGCACACAAUUUGCACAUAUGGAGUCUCCCACUCCUGUUAACUGCUUACCGUCUGAUGCCGCUGCUAACCAAGACCACCAUUUCUCGGAAGAUGAAGUUGGUCUCACAUUCUACCAGUUUGCCUCUAAACUCCUCCCAGACAUCAUUGCCACGGCAUCUGUGCGGAGUGUUCAGGCCUGUCUUUUGAUUGGAACUUACCUACUUCCAUUGGAUACCUCUGGUCUAUGUUAUACAUAUUUUGGGCUGGCCCUCAAACUGGCUAUUCAAAAUGGAAUGCAUCGAAGAUACCACGGUGAAGGCCUGUCCCCCAGAAUUGUAGAAAUACGCAAUCGAGUUUUCUGGACAGCCUACACCAUUGAGAAGCGUAUUAGCAUUCUUCACGGAAGGCCAGCCUCUCUAGCAGAUGCAGACGUCGAUGCUCCGCUGCCUCUUGAUUUCCCAGAAUUAAUGCCAGCGGCGCAGCCGUCUAAUCAUACCAAUAUGGUAACCUUAAUUACUUUGACACUGAAACUUGGGCAGGUUUCGAACGAAAUCUCCUCUUUGCGAACAUUUCCAAAGGGUCAACAGCAAGAUUGUCUUGAACGACUGCUCAACAUUCGGAAACACCUCGUUGAGUGGUGGUCUACACUACCCGAAGAAACAAGCUGUCGAGACCUGAACCCCAGUGGUCCAUUGUUCAGGUCUAACGUACACCUGAAACUCGAUUAUUGUCUCACCCGGAUCUUCAUUGGGCGGCCGUUCCUCUUCAGCAAUAUUAAAGCUCUCCAGCAAACACCACCCCAACCACUGAAGGGCCCGUCGGGAAUUUCGAAGAACCGAGCUAUUCUCGUAACUGACUGUGUUGAAGCCGCACUGGAAAUCAUUGAUCUGUGCAGGCUACUCCGAGAUGAGACCGGCCUCGCCCGUGCAUCAUUCACGGAAUUCAGCUCAUGCCGUGCAGCUCUUCUGGUCAUACUGGCACAAGGUUUAGCCAAGCGCACUGAGCGACUUGGUGCUGCCUUGGAACAGGGUAUAUCCUUGAUCAAGAUCAUGUCGAUGGGUGUCGGCUCCGCUCGAUCAGCCGUUAGUGUCAUCGAAGCACUAGAGCGGGCAAUCCGUCGACUUGAAAUGUGGAGUGAGUCCCAGCAAGCGCAUAGUAAUGGUGGCUCCCUUGAGUCAGCCUAUGAUCGUUUCAAGAACUGGGAGAUGCUAUGGAAAACCGGCCCUGUAUCCCCAGGCACAGCAUCAUCUUGGAAGCAGCAGGAACCUUACACUGGGACAGAUAUUGGUAUUCGCCAAGACCUGGUCUCUCACGCCCCAGCCCCACUAGGCAUCGAUGCUAUUGUUUCUGGCAUACCUAUUACACCAUCAACUGUUUCUCUCCCUGCCCAUACCAAUAGCUCAGAUCCUGUCAUCGGGGGACCUGAUCAGGAGAUUCUGAAUGGCGAUAUCCCAGAUGGGGGUAUUUCUACUUCAGAUAACUUCUCUUUGUCACAUCAAUCACUUUCGCAGAUACCUCAUUUUGGUUUCGAUCAUUUCGUGUCAAACUUCCCGCAGGAACUCGGAGAGUUUACUGCUAUUCCUUGUUUUGAGACGGACAACCAGGGUAAUCCCUCUGGUAUGGUGGGUGCAGAGAUGAAGACUCCAACUGGAAGUACGGAUUCACACUGGUUACAGUUCAUGAAUGAGUGA